AGCAUGGACAUUACCAUCCAGCACCCCUGGUUCAAGCGUGCUCUGGGACCCUUCAUUCCAAGCCGUUUGUUUGACCAGUUUUUCGGAGAGGGUCUCCUUGAGUAUGAUCUCCUGCCUUUGUUCUCUUCCACUAUCAGCCCCUACUACAGGCAGUCCCUCUUCCGCAGCGUGCUGGAGUCGGGCAUUUCAGAGGUGAGGUCUGACCGGGACAAGUUUACAAUCAUGCUGGAUGUAAAACACUUCUCUCCCGAAGACCUGAGUGUGAAGAUUAUCGAUGACUUUGUGGAAAUCCAUGGCAAGCACAGUGAAAGACAGGACGACCACGGCUACAUCUCCCGCGAAUUUCACCGCCGGUACCGCCUGCCCGCCAACGUGGACCAGGCUGCCAUCACCUGCUCCCUGUCCAAUGACGGCAUGCUGACCUUCUCGGGCCCCAAGGUCCCCUCCAACAUGGACGCCAGCCACAGCGAGAGGCCCAUCCCCGUGUCCCGGGAGGAGAAGCCCACCUCCGCGCCUUCCUCUUAAGCCCGCCUGUCGCUGCGGUACGCAGGCUGCCACCGUCUGCAGGUCUCAUUCCCAGAGCCAUUGCAUAGAUAUCAGUGAAUAUCU